AUGUCGUACCGUGAUCGUUCACCAAUUCGAAGAAGGAAUGGUCCGCCUAAAAGACGCGAACGUGAAUCCAGUUUGGAAGACUUAAAGCCCCCUCGGUGGGAUUUGGCUGACCUUCCGAAGAUUCGCAAAGUAUUCUACGUUGAACACCCCUCCGUGGCUUGUCGUUCACAAGCAGAAAUUGAUGACUUUCGAAUCAAGAAUCGCAUGACUUUGAGUGGUCAUGAAGUUCCAAGGCCUGUGUUUUUUUUCAGUGAAAUCAACCUGCCACAAUACAUGAUUGAUGCUUUCAUGAGAGCUGGUUGGAAAACUCCAACACCUAUUCAAUCGCAAGGUUUACCGAUGGUGCUUAGUGGCAAAAACGUAGUUGGCAUUGCGCAAACAGGUUCUGGAAAAACGGCGUGCUAUCUUAUCCCAGCUCUGCCUCAUAUUGAAGCACAGCCUCGGCUAUUACGAGGUGAAGGCCCAAUUUGCUUGAUUUUAGUUCCCACCAGAGAACUAGCGCAGCAAGUCAUUCAGGUUGCUGAAAUGCUUUGUUCUGCUGCGAGAUUAAGAACUGUUUGCCUUUAUGGAGGCGCACCCAAAGGUCCACAGGCUCGGGAUCUUCAAAGAGGUGCUGAGGUUUGUGUAGCCACACCGGGGCGUUUAAUCGAUUUUCUCAAAACUAAAACAACCAAUUUGAGGAGAUGCACGUAUUUGGUAUUAGAUGAAGCAGAUAGGAUGCUUGAUAUGGGUUUUGAACCUCAGAUUCGCAAGAUUGUAGAACAGACUCGUCCAGAUCGUCAAACGGUCAUGUGGUCUGCAACAUGGCCUAAAGAAGUUCAAUCGCUUGCGAGAUGCUUUUUGAAAGACUAUAUCCAAGUAAAUAUCGGAUCAACUUCACUUCAUGCUAAUCCAAAUAUAACUCAAAUCGUCGAGGUUGUUGAGGAAUACGACAAAGAACAAAAACUCAUUAAUCUCAUAAGAUCAUUCAAUGGUCUUCGAUCUUUGGUUUUCGUUGAGACAAAAAAGAAAUCUGAUCAAUUGGCUUAUUUCUUAAAACGACACGGUAUCCGCGCGGCUGCAAUGCAUGGUGAUAAAAUACAAAGUCAGCGAGAUGCUACUCUUAAUGACUUCAAACGCAGUCAUAUAUCAGUUCUAGUUGCUACUGACGUCGCAUCGCGUGGCUUAGACAUCGAUGACAUCGAGUUUGUUAUAAAUUAUGACUUCCCGAAUCAAACUGAGGACUACAUACACCGGAUUGGGCGUACCGCGAGAAGCAACAAGAAAGGAACGGCAUACACUUUCUUCACACACAAAAAUUCCAAACAGGCUGUAGAUCUUGUGAAUAUUCUUGAAGAGGCGAAUCAGCAGGUCAAUCCGGACUUACUUCGUAUGACCGGUGGCGCUAACCGUUUCCGUGGAGCACGCAAUGAUCGAACGAAUAGCCGCUAUGCUUCAAGAAGUAGCAAUUAUGGACGUGGGACAAGUAAUUAUAAAGCCCGUGGUUCUGCCAGUAUACAUUAUACUACAGGGAGCCAUAAUUCGUAUGAUGGCAUGGAUAAGUCGGCUGAGCGUGAGAGCCGCUACACCAAACCUUCCCACUCACAUCAACCUAAGGUAGGAGAGAAACGCGAUUAUUCGCAUUCUUCCAUUGAUGAAAUUAGUAAUCCCGGCACAUAUCAACAGUCCUUAAAAUAUAGCAAAACUGAUUGGGAUUCAAAUGUCUCGAAAACUCCAGCAGAUAUUACUUAUGAUGGUUGGCACAGCUCCUCUUAUAAGCAGUCUGAAUCAAAAACUGCUUCUGCUGGUACCACUGCCCAACCACCAGUGAGAAUGACUUGGCCAAACUCAUAUUCUGGCCCCCCUGGAAUUGCUGUAAAUUACAACCAGCCACCGCCUCCGCCACCUCAAUCAUACCAAUCCCACCCACCACCACCACUUCCACCACAUUGCGAAAAGAAACAAUCAUCUACCUUGCCGUCUUAUAUACAACAGCAGGCAGCUCCUGCAGCACUGCCUGCUGGUUAUGUGCACUAUAUGAAUCAGGCACCACCUAGUUAUCCUCAGGUGCCACCACCAGGCACUUGGGCCCCGAGUGCUUGGCCACCUCCACCCCCCGAAAAUCAACAAUACCCGAGCUAUUAA